AUGAUGAACACACAGUGCACGAUUCUUCAAUUACAUGGUAACGCGAUCACAUCACAAGGCAUAAUGAUCUUAGUCGAUGCAUUAUUACACAACAACACAACACUGAAAGAUCUAUGGCUUAGCAACAACUGUGUAUCUGAUUUGGGUGUACAAACUUUGACACGUACAUUCUUGGCGAAUGAUUCAACUCUCAUGCAGCUUCAUCUUGGCUCAAAUUGUAUCACAGAUCGGGGUGUUCAAUAUUUAGCUGAAAUACUCAAAAGAAAUCGAACAUUGACUGAUCUAUGGCUAUACAACAAUCAAAUAGGUGAUCAAGGAGUACAACUCUUGGCCAAUGUACUCUUGAAUGAUAAUUGUAAUCUCAAGCAUUUGGAUCUUCAGUGGAACAAAUUGGUGACUGAUUCGAGUGUUAAUUCACUUGUCAAAAUGCUUGAACGCAAUCGAUCACUGGAAAGACUCAACUUGCGCAAAUGCAAUCUAUCCGUUACGGAGAAAAAGCCCGAUGAUACAAAGAAUCCGAAUCUGGUUGGUGAUGAAUGUACUGAAGAUGAAAAUGAAGAAGACAAGGAUAAAAAUAAUGGUGAAAAAUUACGUAAUACAACGGCAGCUCUGAACCAACAUCGAGUAAUAAUGAAGAGGAUACAUUUAGUUUCACGUGAUGUAUCAAUUCAACAUCAUGAUCGAUUUCAACUUGGAGCAUCAACUAAUCAAAAGGAAUCAGAUGACGAUGAAGCUAUGACAAAUACGAAUUCAAAUUUAAAUCAGAUUUGUUCACCAGAAAGUGCAGAGGAUGCAUCUCAAGCUGGAUCGUUUCUAUCAGAAAUGGAAACAGAAAUAUACGAUUGUAGAGAUGCAAUGGAACCAACGAAAAAACGUUCUCGUCCUAAAAUCGACGAUGGCAAUGAUGGUGAAGAAGGCGAUUUCGGUUCAUCAGUAUCUGAUGUACUCAGUGGUACACAAUCAAUUAAAAAUGGCUGA